UGCGGUGACUGAGAUGGCAAGAGAGUGAGGAAAUUGACGGUAAUUGUUGUAACCUAGCUAUCGUGACGAAAGUUCGCUCGUUAUAAAAUUUGUCUCCGUAUCUAGAAUAAACACGCACAGACGUUCUAGGUCAACAGUUGUUGGUAAUUCUAAAUAUGGCAAGAGGAAUCUUUUUUCUGGCAUCUCUGUUAGUUAUGGUAUCGGCGGGACCUACCGAUAGGAAGACGGAAACUCCGGGCGAUCUGGAACCCGUGAACGAUGCUGCAAUGUGUACCGAUGUGCAGCGGAUAUUUACUACUAAACAGAUAGGCAUUUCUCGUCAAGUGCCGGAUAGUGAAGUUAAAGGGGACCACCUGGAACUUUGCCCCUCCAACAGGUCGUGUUGUACCAAAGAUAUGGAGGAAAGCUACAAAACAGCAGCGAAAGUCGAUUUUCAGCAUCGGCUGCAGAGUAGCAGUUCGUAUCUCAAGACUCUGAUUUCGGCCAGCAGUAACCAGUUUCUAGAAAAAUUUCAAGAGAUGACAAGGCUUGCAGAAAACAACACACACACACUAUUUUCUCAGACGUAUAAAAAAAUGGAGUCUGUUGCUCGGUUACCGACUGAGCAACUUUUUGCCGAUCUCUUGGCAUACUUAAAGGGUAAAGACAUAACUGUGGGACAACGUGUGGACUCCUUCUUUGCGUCUCUUUUUCCCAUUGUCUACCAUCAUAUCAUCAACCCAAACUUGAGAGAGUUCAGCAAUGAUUACAAGGAGUGCUUAAAGGAAAAAGUAGCUGAAAUCAAACCGUUUGGUGAUAAAGCAAAGUUGGUUUCUCUUCAGAUAGUGCGCUCUCUUGAUGUUGCUCGUAUUCUUCUACAAGCUUUGAACCUCGGUGUAGAGAUAAUCAACACAACGGAACACAUGGACUUUGGGCAAGAGUGUAAUAAGGCCCUAGUCAAGUUGACCUAUUGCGCGCACUGCCAGCGACUGGUCUCAGUUAAACCUUGUAGUGGGUUCUGCCUGAAUGUAGGUCAUGGAUGUUUAGCCAAAAUAGCUGAACUGGACAAACCAUGGGGCGAUUACGUAGGAGCGCUUCAUAGGCUGACAAGUGGAAUGAGUGAAUCCUCAAACAUUGAAAAAGUCAUGAAUCUAUUAGACGCUAAAAUUUCAGAAGCCAUCAUGCAUGCGAUGGAUGAUGGACCGGAAGUAACAAAAAAGGUUAAAAACGUUUGUGGGCACCCGAAACGGUCCACAAGAUCUUCGUCAGAAGCCACCGACUCUGAGCAAGAAACAAAUGGACAAAUUGUAACUUCGAGGUCGGUUGUUUCCACGUGGCACGUUCGUCUCCAAAAUUUUGUCAAGAAGUUGUCGCAAUCUAAAGGAUUCUACGCUAAUCUAGCCGACGAUAUAUGUAACGAUGAAACUCUAGCUGUAAAAGGAGAAUCAAACUGUUGGAAUGGAAACGAACUUGGAACGUAUAAGAAAACAAUAGCUGGAAUUGGUGUCGCAGCACAGAAGUACAAUCCAGAAAUUACUCUAGCUGGAACAGAAGAAGUAGUGGUCACCUCUCUGGUGGACAAACUAGUGCAUAUGAGAGAGUUACUGGACAGUAAGGUGGACUCCGUCCCAGAAUCCGACUCCUUGUUCAUCCAGGAAGCUGGUAGUGGCAGCGGUUUCUAUUAUAAUACUAUCGUCGACGAUGAGGACUACUAUGACUAUUAUGAGACGAACGGUUCGGGAAGUGGUGACAUAUGGGGUACGUUAGAUUAUGGGUCAGGCAGCGGUGACGGCAGCCCCGAUAUCACAACUCCUCCCUCUUCUACGAUAGAAGACACUGGGGCUACGGAAAAAGAACCAGAUCUUCAUUUCUCUAAUAAAGGUAGUGGUACCACAGAAGUUCCCAAGACAAAAGACGAAGGUAGUGCUUCUGGAAGAGUUUUCUGUAAUAUCACUGCUGUUAUCUGUAGUUUGGCAUUCAUGGUUACACUACAAUUUCUGACUCCUCUUUGAGGACAAAGGCCACUAAAACAUGUGCCAUUUAGAAGAAAGGUUGAGGCAGUGUUAUACAUUUUAUUAAGUGUGAUCGAGUCUUGCAGGACCGUAUUUUUAUUUUGAAUGACUUAAUGCAAACAAAAUGUAUCUUGCCUUGCCUGAAAUAGUUUUUGUGAGUUAUUACAUGAAAACGAAACUUUCCAUAAAAGAAAAUAGAGAUUCAUAAAAAGUCCAGUUUUCCCUUGAGUUUAAAUUCUUUACAGAGAGAACUACAGCUGAUUUGUUUUGUAUUCACUUCUUGUCUGUAUUUUUUAUUUUUUUUAUAAUAUUUCAAGUGCCAUUUUCUAUUUUUAUGUCUAUAUCUUUUAACUAUUCAUGAUGCAAUUGUUGCAAAAUAUUGAGUGCAUCACUACCAAUACUUGUGUUCUUAGAUUGAUUUAUACUUGAUAUUUAUGAUUGUGUGGGAAAGUCAAUAACUGGUAUAUUUGGGGAGUAUGAAAUAAAAUAUUUGAGUCAAGUCAUAAAAAAGUUAGAAGGAUCAUUAAUGACAUUCAUGUCAUUUCUUGUUUAGCCAUGGAGUCAUCUUUGGCGGUAGAAUUCAGGCUAACAUAAGAUCUUUAUUAAUAUUACUUUAUUUAUGGAGAUCUACCUGUGUAAUGUUACCAGAGUGCUAACAUUAGCCUAUCUUGGAUAUCUACAGUACAAGUGAUAUCUACUACUUUUAUACUCUUUUAGACCCCAAAGCUAAUUAAUCUCCUGUUAUAUGUUUAACUAUAAACAGUUUACUUAAGACCUACAACAGCAAAUGACAAAGGAGAAUCAUAUUUUAUCUGCAGCUUAUCAGUGUUUAAAUUGUUUUAUUGAAAUGUAAAUUGUUAAAGAGAAAGGUGGUACAAUUACAGUAGCUAUAAGUCCCACCAUUUUAAGAUGAUGUCACGGGAUGUUACUUGUGAAAUACAAGUUAAAAACAAUUAUUACAACAGUAACUCAUCAGCAUUUUAAGAUGACUUAUGCUGAGAUAUCAGUUGUUAAAGUAGAAUAGUUGUAUCCAUAUUUUUUUUUAGCAUUCAUAGUGAUUUUAUGAAACAUAAGUUGUUGAAAAUAAAGUAAAGUUGUUGUUCUAUUAAUAACAUUGCAGAGUUUAUGGUAAUUUAAAGGGAUGAAACCACAGCAAAAAACUAAUUAUAUGUAUAACUCUUUUGGUUUUAUGAUGACUCGGUGGACUCUUGUCAUAACAAAUUAAAAAACACUAAUCCAAAUAAUUAAUUUCCACCUAUAGGACAGAUCUGAUGUUGAAAUAUAACGAUAAGGACAUGCAUUUUUAUACACACACACACACCUGCUCCAAUUGACUGAUUAGUGAUUAAAGAAAAUUGUUAGAGCAAGAAUUUUUGGUGACAAAACUCUCUCCAGCAUCGGUUUUCUUUGGAUUAAUGCCUGAGGUAGUCUGAGAGUAAAUGCUGUCUUAUAUACAUAUCAUCUUCUAGUGCAGUUCACUCAUAUCUGUAGGAUGUUUAGUCUCUUUGGAGAAAGAAUCCCUUUCAAAUUCUGAAAGAAAUGAGAAAUUUAGAAAAUACAAUUAUUAAUUUAUAUUUUUGCUUCUUUUUUUUGGCAAAACUUAUUAGUUGUGUUUUUUUGUGUUAAGACAGUACUAGUGAUCUACAUCCUAAGCUUAAUCUAUGCUCUCAUAUUAAACACAGGAUUAACAAGCACAAUAGUUUAUCUUGGGAACAUUAAAAGAUUUAACCAUGUACUGGUUCGAAAGGUAUAGCUUUUCUGGUUGAAGAUAGUCCACAGUGCUUGAGGGAAUUGUUCAAUUGAUCUUGUGUAAUAUGGUCAGACAAUUCAGUGCAGGUAUAAUAUAAGCAGAUUUUCAAUACAAGUUAUUGAAAAAGUAAUAAGGAGCAAGUCAUGAAGUUGACUGAAAGACAGUAUUUAUUUUAGUUAGGAACAAAAUAUUGGCCAGAUACGAGAACAAAUCAUGGAUUCUCUGUUAAACGUUUUUACACUAUAAAUGUUUGGUAGAUAUAAAACUGGGCUAAAUAUGUUGGAUUUUGUUUCAUAAGUCUGAAUAGUUUUUGAUUCAUAAGGUUUUAUUAUUUUAUAAGUUUAAACAAAUAAAAUGUGGACUCUAAGCCUAUGUUAAAUGUUCACACAGACUUAAUACGUGGGUUAAAUGGGUCAUAUUCAUAUAAAUCACAAAUACUGUUGUUUUUGUUUUCUAUUUGUGAUAAACUGAAUGUUUGUACAGAAACCUCAAAGUAAGAAAUUUAAAUCCAUGGAAUGAAAAAUAAUAUUAGGAAUACCAAGAUCCAAAGAAUGUAAUGUGGUGUUAACUGCAGGAAUCUUAUUAUCCACAGGAUCUAAAAAGCUAUUACAAAAAUCUAUGGAAUGAAAGAUAAUGCUGUAAUAUGUCCUAUGGUUAGUAGGAUAAAAUGCUGUUAUUAUUGGAAUUCAAGGUCUAUGGAAAGAAAUGGAAUAUUAUUCUAAGAAGUUUAUGAUCCGUGAAGUGAAAUAGGACAUUAUAAUAAGAUUUUAAAAAUAAAUACAGUGAAAUGAUAUAUUGCUGCAUAAGUCCUUAGAAUCAUGGUAUGAAAUAGGAUGUCAUUGAAGAGCCUUAAAAUCUUUAAGAUGUAAUAGAAUUUCAAAAUAAGAUUCACAAAUUCAGUAUAAUUAAAUUGGAUUUAUUCCAAGAAUAUUAAUAUACAUGGAAUAGCACAGGAUGUUACUAUUGAAACCCCAAGAUCUAUGAAAUAAAGUAUAUAUCCCUUAGUGUUUAUAGAAGGAAGCAGUAGUUUAUUAUAAGAUCUUUAACAUACAUGCUAUUGUAAUAAAACAUGUUGUUUUUAUAAUAACUUUUUGUAAAUUAUUAUAACAAACCUUAAGAUAAGAAAAUGAUUUGGCUUAUAAAUACUAAGGCAGACUUAAUAGGAAUAUACAGUGACUGAUGGUUAGAUGGAAAGAAUAAGUUAGUUUUAAAUACAGUACACCCUCAAUUCACUGUAAGAGAAUACUAAUCAAUAUUUAACUUUGAAAAAAGGGUGUUUUAAAUGAGUGAUAAUCUUUGUACAGAUAUUGUGUGAUAAAAUAAUGAAACAAACUUUAUUGGGGUUAAUGGUCUAAGGGAGAAAUGACGGGAAAAAGCAAAUAACUUUCGAAAUGCUAUCAUAUACAUUAGGUGAAAUAGGACAAUUUCUAAGCUUCUAAAUUCCUAAUCUUUAACCCUCUAUUGUAUGCAUUAAGAAAAUAUGAUGGGAAAAAGUUUUCUUUGUGAUCUAUAUUACACCAAAAAUAUGUUUUUGUGAAAUAUAUUUUGGUAAAUUAUAAAAGUGGUACAUUAUCUAGCAGUAACAUUAUUUGAUUAAGGAACCAACAAAAAUAAUUCCAUGGUUUGUAAUAGACUGUUACGUGGAAGUAAAAUCAUUCAACUACAGAAUUGAAGCAUUUGAAUAUACAUUAAACAACAAAGAUUUGUUACAUGGAUGUUACAGUGUGAAUAGAGGGUUAAUUAUGUCCCAUAAUGUUACAGUGUGAAUAGAGGGUUAAUUAUGUCCCAUAAUGUUACAGUGUGAAUAGAGGGUUAAUUAUGUCCCAUAAUGUUAGUGUGAAUAGAGGGUUAAUUAUGUCCCAUAAUGUCUCUUAUUCAAAAGAAUUAGAAAAGUAUAUAUAAUGUUACUAGUAAUUUUAUAAGAAGAAGGGAAAACGAAGACACAUGUUAAUGGUAUACAGCAAAACAAAAGGCAAAAUAUUAUUAUAUUAUAUAUAUAUAUAUAUAUAUUGUGAUUUUUCUUUUACCCAAAACUGGGGAAGAGAGAAUCAGUAAAGACAUGUAUUGGAUUUUGUUUGUUUUUUUGUCAUCUUUUAAUACGUGAUGAAGGGGUGUAGGGUGUAAUUUGACAGCACAAGGGUGUGUUAGUGGUAGAUUCCAUUGAGUUUAUCUUAUGGCAAAACCAGAGAGAGAAAAGCAGGUUAUAUGAUAAUGUUAUUUGAAAAGAAAUGUUCUAACUUUGUUUAGCUGGCUUGAAGGUGAUGUAUUACAACAUUGUUUAUUAUAUAAUCCAGAUAUAAUUAUUGACAGUCAUCAUAAAUACCUGGAAAGAUGUAUUAUACAAAAAAUGAGAAGGGUGCCUUAGAAAGAACAUGUGGUUCAUGUAUCCCUGCUCACGUGAUUGUUAUAUAACUUAGUUGAUAAAAAGAUUUGCUUUGUGUAUAUAUAUAUAUAGAGAGGAAUGCUGACAUGAUAGUGUCGAGAACUGAGAUGGUAUUUAUGCCGUAAUUGUUGAUAUAAAUUCGUAAUUUAGUGCUUUAAAUUUUUUAUGCAUUUUUGUUUUUGUAUGAUAUAUUUCACUAAACAAAUUUGCUGCGGAGGUAUUUAAUUUUUAUCACCACAAAAACUGGCAACUUCAGAGUUUAACCAGUCGUUUAUGGUGUCUUUCAUUGUUUGUGAAUUAACGUUAGGUCUGAUGUUAUUUACUGGCGUAUGUUUCAUUUGGUUGUAUUGUCCAGUCGUCAAGCAUUUAAGCUUGACCACUGUUCAACUUAGCGUUUGUGAUUCGUUGACAAGAGAGUAAAGAAUCUAUGCAUUGACUCAUGUCGUCGUGCCUUAUCUAGAAUUAUAAGUUAACAAACUUGUCUGAGCGUAGAAUAGUGUCUUAUUAACAAUAUGGAGGAACCUUAGAGUUAAAUUAAACUAUCUACAGCCUUGCCUUUGACCACUAUAACAAGGAAUAAAUCUACUGUGUGUGUUGACUGAAGUUCUUAAGGACUACUAGGUGGCAAGAUGCUACUUCUCAGUUAUCUUGAAAAUUUGUGAUAUGCUGAGAUAAAAUUGUCUUCCGAUUUAGUGAAAAUAAAAACAUACGAUUGACACCUUACAAACUUUUUUUAAGCUUUCCUAAUCUCAAAUUAAUCAAAUUAAUUUAAUUACCUUUUUAAAGUGUAUUGAUUUUCUUUUGAAUCUUUUUUUUUUUUGUAUUCUUCACAAGCACAAAACUUGCUAAUUCUGCCAUUCCAUGUAUUUUUUUACUCAUGGCACGAUUAAAAACUUUACUAGAGGAUUGUAACUUAUAACUGUGAUUUCUUUAUCUUGUAUUUAUGUGUGUGUUAUUAAGUUAGGAAAACUUUGGGUAUACAGAUCAGUAAGCAUGUACAUAAGAAAGUGGUUGUAUAUGCAAAAUCUAAUGUGUGUAGUAAAGAUAAGUUUCAACCCCUGGAAAUUCUCCUCGUUCACGAAAGUGCUAGUCUAAUUUUCCUCUUUCAGUGUUUUUCGUCCUUGUCUGAAAUCUGUAGCCUAGAGUAACAAAAUUACCUGUUGUUUAAUAAGUAUGAAGAAGUAAUUAAUUAUAGGAAUGAGCAUGGAAAUAUGUAAAACAUGUUAAAGCUUCUGUUGUCAUGUGGAUCUAAGAGUUGUAUUUUGAGAGAGGAUAAGCUGUUUCUGCUUAUUUUUAUAUGAUGUAGUAAGAUAUUUGAAUCUUAAUUUCUGUCCCCUUUUUCUAGUUAUCUGACAAUUGUGAGAAAAAAAAAAGCAACAAAUUAAUAGGAUAUGUUUUCAAUGUCAUUAUUGUAAGUAACCUAUCUUGUAUCGAUUUUCGUAUCAUUAUUAGACAUUAAAUAAACUGUUUUGGCAGCAAA